AUGGCAUCUCUUUACAUGGGCGAUCUGGACACAGACAAAUGUUUGAAGCGUUUAGCCAAAUGGAUGAACUCACCAAGAGUACCUCCUCCUAUGCCUCCUGGUGCUACUGGACCGGCUUCGAACCAUGCUGCUUCCUCUUCUCGUUCCAAUAGCUACCCGCAGAUGACUCUCAAUGCCAUGCUCAAUUCACCUGCUAGGCUAGCACAGCCUCAUCUCCAUCCAGAUAAAAUCAAUGGAGCUUUAUGGUUUGCAUACUACAUGGGGCCUUGGAAGAGUUGGAGGAAGGUUCCUGAUGAAAGGAGGGAAUCAUGGUGGCAAACGUUUGUGGACCCUGAGUUUAAUGACUUAGUCUACGGUCUUUGGAAGAAAGAAACGUGGACAACCAUUGGUGAAAGGAUAAGCAAGAAGAAGAGGCAACAGAAAAAGCCAAAGUACAUCAAUGAAGCUGACUGGAUGAUACUGUUGGAGCAUUGGGUGACCGAUGCAGCUAAAAAGAAGAGCAAGAAGGCUGCAAAUUCUCGCAAGUCUGAUCCUAUGGUGGCUUCUGGUACUAAUGAGAGGCCAUCAUUCACUGACCUAGUCAGAGCGACACACACCAGACCAGAUAGGACUUUUGUGGACUACCGUGCUGAAGAGCUGAAUGCUAAGGGUAAGAGGGGGCAUGUUUAUGGACUCGGCAGUGCCCAAUACAGGGAGCAAGCACCUUCUUCACGCGUCCCUAAUGGUCUUGCCUGCAACCUGGAGCGAGAGAUGCGUGUGGGAGGUCUUGAGACAAGUCUCCAAAGUGUGAGGGAGGACGUGUCUGAGGUAAAGCAGGAUGUGUCCGGAAUGAAGCAGGAGUUUGCAUCAACAAGAGAUGCAAUCAAUCAGCUCCUCCAAAUGCUUCGUCCCCCACAAGCACCUACUGAACAGACUUCUGCUCAGCCCCAAGCCCCAACUCCUCAGCCUUAA